AUGUCGUCCGUCGAGGGAGAAGCUGCACAGCAACGGACAGCUUCACUGGCUCCACCCAUCAGCCUUGACGCCUCCACAGCGGCUUCGCAGACAAACAACGAUGCUUCUCCAGGUCCCAAAACAACCCACGCCCACAGUCCACCGGGCAGCAUCCUAGCGCCCUCGGUUCAGUUCGACGAGCAGAGCCUGCUCGCCUCCCCGUCUGCGCAGAGGAGAGCAGACAACUCUUCCCUGCCUCCGUCGCCCGCUCCAGGCUCCACGUUCCUUGCAUCGUCGUCGGCAACCAAUACGAUGGCUUCUUCUCAACAGAGGAGAGAGCCGAGCGCGUCUCAGCAGAGGCACACGGCGGGACCGAGCCAUCUGCGCGAAAGCCAGAGCCAUCAUCGACUCUCCAACCGUGCUUCAGCAGCGGGAAGCUCCACCAGCCUGACCGCUGGCAGCCGCAGCGGGACCGGAUCAAAGCGAAGCAGGGCCAACCCCACCAUCGUCACCGUGCCAGUCUGGGCGCGUGACGAGUCGCCAAGCCCUCCGCAAUCUCCGUAUGCCAGCCCGCAGGCGCGCAGCUUGAAUCGGUCCGUCCGCGACGUGGAGUCUCUCUCCCUUCCCGCCGCCGAGAUCCGCACUGAUGAUGCCAGUCAACCUGCUGCGUCGUCUGAACGCCACUCCGAGACCACCGAGGCCGGCCAGGCUCCGGACAAGGCUGGAGUCGGGUUCGAUCGUGUCAUGUCUCCCGAAGCCGUGCAGGAGGCCGAGGCGCAAGAAGCCCAAAGUACAUCGCCUGAUCGAUGGUGGACGUUCACGCUUCCGCAAAAGUACCGAUCCCGCCUACACGAGCAUCACCUCCGCAUGGCCUUCCAUCACGAACGCGAGCAGUCAGAUGCGCUCGAAAAGGCAUCGAGCAACAAGCAGGCGAAUCGCGAGCGAAGUCGCAGCUUUAGCAAGAAGCGAUCGCAGCAGCGCCGAUCCAGCUCCGACUCUUCUCGCUCGAAUGCAAGCAGCAGUGAGGACAGCAGUGACAUCGAGAUGCAGCAGAGGGGGGGCCGGGACCAGCAGGACCACAGCUAUGACCUUGGCGCCGGAAGUUGGAAUGGCAUGGCGGCCGGGCUCGGCGCGAGCGGCCUUCUGAACAACAAGCGCAGCGAGACGAAUCCGUCAAACCGGCGCACUGCACGGGCGGGUCGAGGUCAGGCGGACGGAGAAGCAGCAGCUACGCUCCACGACGAGCAACGGCAAGUCUCGCCAUCGCCAGACGGCACCUCCACGACACGCGCCGACGACCGCGACCUGGAGAAGCAGCACAAGCAGGACUCGGAGCCAGAGUAUCCGACCAUGUCGUUCAAAGCGAGGAUGGAGCAUCCCGAGGUCUACACCGUGCAUCAGCCCGCCACGCCUGGCUGGGCAUCUCCCUGGAAGCCCGAAGAGCGCGGUCACGGCGGGCUCAACGCAGCUGGCUACUUCCCGCGCACCGAGUCCGGCCGCACGAUCCGCUCGAGCGACGGACGCAAGAGCGCGUGGCUCGAAUCGUGGAAGAACUUCUUGAUCCACAACCCUUUCGUACCCCUGCUUUUCCGCGUCAUCAACAUCGCCUUCACGGCGGCAACGCUCGCAGUGGCGGUCAAGCUGCUCGUAGUCCUCCAGUCCGAGGGCGCCAACGAUGCGGUAGGCGCGUCGCCGCUGCUCGCCAUCGUCUUUGCGCCGCUCACGCUGCUGCAUGUCGGCUUCCAGAUCUGGCUCGAGUACUUUGGUCGGCCGAUCGGCCUAUGGACGGUGCAGUCCAAGCUCUCGUACACGGUGGUCGAGCUCGUCUUUAUCUGUCUUUGGUCGGCCGAGCUGUCGCUCACCUUCGAUAAUUACUUUACCUCGACGCUGGUCUGCGUAACGUACGGAAGCCCCUUUGUCGGUCCCCGACAGCCACCGGCGGACCGCCCGAAUCCGCUCAACAACCCGGGCCGCAAACCUUUUGUCUGCAGACUGCAAGGCUCGCUCAUCGGACUGGUGUUCGUCAGUCUCCUCGCAUAUCUCAUCGUGCUCACCGUGUCGCUCUUCCGCAUCUUCGUGCGCGUCACUGGUGGUGGCCGGCGAUGA